UGACGCAGAGCGCCGCACGAGCAGAUCGUUUCUUACCGUCAAGAUGGCGACAUCGGAGCCGAAAGCACCCGAAACUGAAGAUCAACAGGCUGAAAGUCAAGUUGUUGCGAAUCCCGAGCAGUAUAUCAAACACCCUUUGCAAAACAGAUGGGCCCUGUGGUAUUUCAAGAACGACAAGAGCAAAAGCUGGACAGAGAACCUGCGUCUCAUUUCCAAGUUUGACACAGUGGAAGACUUCUGGGCAUUAUACAACCACAUACAGCAACCAAGCAAACUUGGCUUUGGCUGUGAUUAUUGCUUAUUUAAGGAUGGGAUCAAGCCGAUGUGGGAGGACGACCGAAACAAGCUGGGGGGUCGAUGGCUGAUGACUCUCAACAAACAGCAAAGACACAACGACCUUGACCGCUACUGGAUGGAAACGCUCCUGUGUUUAGUCGGUGAGUCAUUCGACGAGGCGAGCGAGGACGUGUGCGGCGCUGUGGUCAACGUCAGACCCAAAGGUGACAAAAUAGCCAUCUGGACCAGCAACUGCCAAAACAGGGACGCCAUCAUGACGAUAGGGCAACUUUACAAAGAGCGACUGAACAUCCCCAUCAAAGCCAUGCUCGGCUACCAGUCACACGACGACACGUCCAGCAAGAGCGGCUCCACCACCAAGAACAUGUACUCCGUUUGAAACCCCCUCCUCCGGCCCUCAUUUCAACCCGCUGUAGAUUUAAACAAUUACCAAUCUACUUCAUCACAAUAAUUUUUGAUUUGUCAAAUACUGUAGUGUCCUUUCCUUUUAUUGCAAAGAAGUUUUCGUCAUGUGUACAGCCGGAGCUUCCCCCCCACACACACACACACACACACACGCACACACAAAGCAAGCGGAGUUAGUUAUUAAGGAGGAGACGAGUGUUUGGCUGGAUAUGUCAUUUGUGAAUAAGAAGACACGUGAUUUCUUUUUAAAGCUGAAGAGUUCUGUGGUUAAUCCCAAUGCCCUCCCUUAACUUAGCUGAGAACAACCUUAUUGAAUACCCAAUGGCUUUGAGUUGCUAUAAGAGAAUUUAACUAUAAAGCCUUGUUUUCUAUUUUCUUCUUCUUCUUCCUCCUACGCUGGGCUCCUCACUCCUUUACAAAAAAAAGUGUUUUUCACUUCACAGAGAAAGAUUGUAAGUAUUGUCCUCUCACAGAACAGAUUUUAACAGCAGUUUUAACUUGAUUUAACGAGAAGUGUUGAGCAUGAGUCAAACUUUCCGAUGCACCAGCUUGAAGAAUCUGCAGUAUCAUAAAGGUUUGUUGAAGCUGUUGUCACACUCCGACGUAUUAGGAUUUAUGGCCACUUAUUGUUUCAGCCAUGCUGGAAUUGUGGGAUAUUGCUUGUAGUAGUUUUUGAACUUUAUUUUUUCUUCUUCUUCUUCUUCUUCCCCUUACAUUUAUUUAUAAUGUAUGCAUUGCAGUUACUUAGUUAAAGGCAUCGAUUCGAUGAAACUCGUGUUUAUUUUCUCUUUUUUUUCU